GAAGUCCUAUAUUUGGUGACCAGUUCACCUCCUCACUCCUUCGCUCUCUCUUCCCCGCCCCUAAAUUCCUCAAAACCUAGAUAGCUAUGGAAAUUGGCAUUGUUGACUACGUGGACGGAUCCCCCGAUCUGUUCAACGUUCAGUUCCAAGGAGACAUUAUCAGAACCUUGGUCACCCACGAGCCCCGGGAGGUCGUUGACUGGAUCUCCGAGGUGGAGGCCGUCCAUCGCCGCCGUCUGAACCACCUGAUCGUGGGCCUCGACGCAGAGUGGCGGCCCAGUUUCUCCAAAGGGCACCAGAACCCGGUGGCGACUCUCCAGCUCUGCGUGGGGCGGCGCUGCCUCGUCUUCCAAAUCCUCCACUGCAGCUACAUCCCGGACAGGCUCGUCGGCUUCCUGGCGAACCCUAGCUACACCUUCGUGGGGGUCGCGAUCAAGGGCGACGUGGAGAAGCUUGUGGAGGACUAUAAUUUGUGGGUGAGGAAGGCCGUGGAUUUGCGUGCCCUAGCUGUGCGGCGGUCCAACGAUUUGGCUCUGAGGAAUGUUGGGUUGAAGGAUUUGGUGAGGAUUUACAUGGGGGCGCAGAUGGAGAAGCCCAAACGGGUGACUAUGGGGAGGUGGGAUCAAGAGUUUCUAACCACAGAGCAGAUUCAGUAUGCCUGCAUUGAUGCUUUCGUGUGCUUUGAAAUUGGCAGGAUUUUGAAUGCUUCUUUUGCCUAGUAAUAUAUAUAUAUAUAUAUAUAUAUGGCUGCUGCUUUAUUUUAUUUUCGGAAUGUCUGCUGCAGCUGUUAUCUUUGAUUCUGCAACCAUAUUGUUGGUAUUAUAUAUAUAUUUUUCGUAUUAUUGACUUUA